UUGACUCGAUUAACACCUGUAAGGUUGCUGCAAGGUAUUAUAGUUUUAAAGACGGCGGUUCGCGCCUGGCGAUAAUAAUUCGGUAUUGCGAGGGCUUUGUUCUGGUAAUUUUGCUUCAGCUACAUUGUUGGCACACGUUUGGCACUGGAGGCUUCCUCUCAGGUCGGCCGGACUUUGCCGCGCCGAAUCUUGGCCGGCUAUCUGAGACCACGGUCGGUCGGUCGGCCGUCCCAUGAGCCCGGCCACUCCGCCCGCCGCCGCCGUGGGGACACCCAGUGACUGAGGCGCGCCGAGCUGUCGUGUGAGGAGAUCCUGCUGACCGGGCCCGACCGGUCCGCCCGCCCGGCCAUGGAGUCGCCGCGGAGAAAGAGUCUGGAGCCGCGGAAGAGUCUGGAGGCGCACAGUCUGGAGCAGCGCCGAGACUCGGCCGUGGCGGCCGCCUGGGGCCGGCUCAGCAUCACAUCGCUCCAGGCCAAGGCAGAGCAAGCGGCCGACGACGAGCCGCCCUCGUCGACAGUGAUUUACUGCAUCUUCUACCUCCUCGGCAUGGGCACGCUGCUGCCCUGGAACUUUUUCAUCACCGCUGACUCGUACUGGAACUACAAGUUCCGGAACGUGACCAGUGACAGCACCGACGACACGGAGCCGACCGAACUGCAGUACAACUUCUUCGGCUACCUGAGCGUGGCCUCCAUGGUGCCCAACACCAUCUUCCUCACACUGAACGCUGUGCUCGGCCACAACAUCAAGCAGCAGGUGAAGCUGGUGUCGUCGCUGAUGCUGGUGAUUGUGUUUUUCAUCAUCACCACUGUGCUGGUGCCCAUCGACUCUGACGACUGGCAAAACACCUUCUUCGCAGUCACCAUGGUCAUGGUGGUCAUACUCAACAUGGGCGCCGCGGUGUUCCAGGGCGGUCUGUUCGGUCUGGCCGCCCAGUUCCCGGCCCGCUACCUGUCUGCCGUCAUAUCAGGACAGGCGCUGGGAGCCGUGUUCGCCUGUGUGGCCAGGAUCGUCUCUAUAGCUGUAUCAUCUGGCCAGGACCCAGACUCCGCGGCCGUCAACUCGGCGCUGGUCUACUUUAUCCUGGCUGACGUGACGCUGGUCGUCUCCAUCGCCUGCUACGUCUGGAUGUCUCGCAUGUCGUUUUACGAGUACUACACGCGGGCGUCCCGGCUCACGUCUGCCACCGAUGACGAGUCUGUGGCACGGGCCGACUCAGAGACACCCAACGACAUCUCCGUCUGGAGAAUCUUCCUCAAGAUCAAGUGGUACGCGCUCUCCGUGUGUCUGGUGUUCGUCGUGACGCUGGCGCUGUUCCCGGCGGUGACGGCCAAAAUCAUCCCCAAACGACAGGAGGACGGCGACCCAAACACGUGGACGAGGGACUACUUCGUUCCCGUGUGCUGUUUCCUCCUGUUCAACGGCUGUGACUACAUCGGCCGGAUCCUCGGCGGCUUCACCGUCUGGCCCAAGAUGAACCACUGGUACCUGGUGCUGGGGUUCACGCUGUUGCGGUUCGCCUUCUUCCCGCUGUUCAUGUUCUGCAACAACGGCCAGAAGAACCUGAGCAUUGUGUUCGAGGAGGACGCCUACUACAUCGUGUUUAUGGUGGUGUUCGGCCUGUCGAACGGCUACCUCUCCACCCUCUGCAUGAUCUACGGGCCCAGUCUGGUGGAGCCGGAGGAGCAGAACACGGCCAGUUCUAUGAUGGCCGCCUUCCUCGGCCUCGGAUUGUGCUUGGGCGCUCUUCUAAGUAACCUGUCCAUCAGUCUGCUCUGACCUCCAUCGGUCUGCUUUAACCGAGACGGAGGCAGGACGGACGGUCAGUCGGCCCUAGUCGGACUGAGGUAAUGUUGCGCGGUGCGAGGUACGCAGACGCCGCGAAAUGUCAGUCGCUGUGAGACUCGUGACUGAGGUUCUACUGAGCAGGGGCUACCCGUCCGCACUGACUGGCCACAGGACGCCACUGGAUGAUAAUGAUAGGGGUGGGUCUAGCCGCGGCGACCCGAUGUUGUGAGGAGAGUCGGCACGGUCGAAGCGUGCUGCUGCCCCAGUCGCGACGACGGCGUCUGCUUUUUUAUUCCACGGGCGGUGACAACCUUACCGGUAGCGGCCGGUGCCGGGUAUUGCGAACUUGCCGGCGGUAUAUCGGAGUGUUUUUGAAGGCGUACUGAGCUUAUGAGGUCAGACUGCAGAGCGGUCAGGUCGGAGUUGAUCAGGGCUCUAUCGUAGUGCCUGUGCUAUUUAAUUUUACACGACUUAUCAAAUGAUCGUGAGUUCCUGCUAGAUUUCUGUUUUACUGCCCUUUGAACAAGUUAAGGGGAAUGUACCAUUGUACAUAUAGGUACCAAUUACUAUUUUGUGUGCAUGGUUACCCGGCAAUAGGUAUGCACCUUAGGUCCGAAUUAAAUUGUACAACAAUCGUCGGCGAUCUCACGUCCAGACUUGUAAACGAUUCAAAAAAUUCAAUCAAUUCAAUCACGACUCACUUGAUGAAAUGACCGAUUCAAUCAUAACUCAAUCAAACAGUCUGAUUUUCCAAGCGAUUCAAUCACGACUCAUGGACCUUGUGAUUCAACUCAAUCACGACUCAUCCCAUUAUCAGUGAUUCAGGGAAUGACUCAACUCAUGAUUUGACUCAACGCGAUUCAAUCAAGAUGUUAUAUAAAAUAUAUACAUAUGUGAUAUCAAUUUAAGACAUUUUUGGAAACUGAUACCAAACAGAUAUCAACCAAAUACACUAGGAAAAUACAAAAAAAAAACAUAGAAAAGUACUAAAUCUAUGCUUGCUCACAAAUGUCCUGAUGAAACAGGGUAUUGAAAAUAUAAAGAUUAGCAUGGUAUCUAAAACAUGUGUGUUGAGCACUGAACUCUAUAAUGAGCGUGAGGUGUUGAGCAAUGUGCACCUGCUUACUGCUACUGUUAACUUGAUUACUAUACUGAUUUUAGGGCACUGGAAAGAAACUUUACAUUCAUUUUUUCAUCUUCAUGCAUUGACAUUUAUGUAUAAUUUUGUGUUUACAGUUUGAUUAAAAACUUAAAACCAAAUUUUUAUGUUUUUUCAAUACUGAUAGCUAUGCGCAUUUAUAAUACUGACAAAAUAGGUACCUAAAAAUUUUGCAGUGCAUUGUGUGUGACUAUGAUGCAAAUGCCACAUAUAUUUCCACAUAAUAUAGUACUAAAUAUGGUCAUAACUUCAAUUUCCAGCACAUGGUGAUUGAAUCAUUUUGUUAAUUGAAUCAACUUGAAUCGAUGAGUUGCCGAUUCAAUCACUUGCAGUUGCCAUGUGUGACCGAUUCAAUCAGGAUUCAUAUGGUGACAAGAGGUGAUUCAACCGACUCAAUCACAGUGAGUCGGCAUUUUCAAGCGAUUCAUGAGAAUCGAUUCAAUCAGAGUUGAAUCCCUUACAAGUCUGCUCACGUCACCGCGCUACGUUGCCAUCGUCUGUUGAUACCGUAAAGGUCCUUUGACGUUUAACCAGAGUCGAAGUCGCUGGCCGCACACUUUCUAUCCGCGGUCAGCGCUGUACUUACAUAAUUUUCUAACCCCAACGUUUACCGGGAGUCGAACCAAAGCAUUUGUGUGGAGCGGGGAUCGUGUUGUGCGCAGGGGACAUCAAACGACAGUAGAUAGCUGCCGCCUGUUGGUCGCAUUUGCGUCAUCCGCAAAUCGUCGGAUGGCGACACUACUAUUACGGUGUAUUGUUGAAAUGUGCAUAUGUCAGAAAUGGUGUUUAAGGAGCUGUGAUCGCACAAAACGCGACACCCGUAUCAUCCAUGGUCGUUAUUCCACACAAUGCUGCUGAAUGUCUGCGGAUUCGACCACAGCAGGGCCGCGGGGGCAGCCUCGGACCAACUCAUGGGACCAGUGCCUUACCUUGCGGGCCUCCAGGGCUAAGCGCUCAUACAGUACAAGGCGAGUCAUUUUUCCGCGCGCUCCUGUGAGGAUGGGCAACAGUGCUUUUGUGGGAAUGCGUUGGCGUAUAUUGCAGUGCGUGAUAUGAUAUUUAAUAGCCGAACCGAAUACAUGGUUAUCCCACCGA